AUGCCUUCCUCGCUCGCGGUCUGCGUGACAGAAUGGUGCCUUUGGUCGCUGGCCGUGGCGGCCUUUGCCCUGCGCGUCAUUGUGCGCAUGCGCAUGAGGACCGAGCGACUUCUUUUGGCAGACUUGUGGCUGUUCAUGGGCCUCGCGAGCUCGACCGCGGUCAUAAUAUGCGACACGAUGACUUUUGCCUGGGGAUACCUGGAGCCUAUAGAGCCGGGCAGCAGCUAUCCAGAAUAUAUUCUCAAGCUUCAAUAUGCGACCAGCUACCUCUUCGACACGGGUCUCUACUUUACCAAGUUUUCCAUCCUGGCCUUUUACUGGGUCCUCGUCGACCGCACCAGCCUGGGCAUGCGCCGCGCCUUGUACGCGCUCGUAUUCUUCGCCGCGGCCUGCUGGACCGCGACCAUCUUUGCAGACACCUUCUGGUGCGGACACGACCCGGCCGUCAACUGGGUCUACGACGGGGUGGACGAAUGUACGGUCUUCUUGUCCGUCGACGCGAUAACGAUGAAUUGGUCUUUUCAGUUCGUCACCGAGAUCUGCAUCUUUCUCUUCCCCUUUCCAAUCAUAUGGAAACUUCAAAUCAACCAUCGCGCUCGCGUGGCCGUCUAUGCGCUCUUGGGCCUCGGCGUCAUAACCAUCAUGACCACGGUCGGACGGCUCGUCGCCUACAACCAGAUAUUGAAGAGCGACUCCAACGACUACAGGCCACUCUAUAUAUGGGCGACAGGCGAAUACACCACCGCCAUCGUGGUCGUAUCCCUCGCCGGCUGCCGACCGAUCCUGGGCAAGAUCCCCAGCAUCCUGGCGGCCUUUAAGCGCACCAUCCUCCACAAGACCGGCUCGACCGGCACCGACCGCACGCAGACGGGCAGCCGCUCGGGCGGCACCGCCGGCGCGUCGGUCCACCAACAGCUCACCAUGAGCGAGAACGCGCCGCCGCCGCCGACGGGGUCCAGAAUGAGCGGGGCGGCGGGCGGCGGCGCGGGCUGGCGCCUGAGCGCCGCAUACCAGCAGCAAGGCGCGGGAGGGGUCAGCGUCGGCGGGGGCAGCACGCGGCUCAGCGGCGUGCCGAGGCACUGGAUCGACGUCAUGGACACGGCGACGCUGUUUGGCGACGAUGACGAUCUGGAGGCCGGCGAGGUGGCAGGCAGGAAGAAUAGCAGGAACCAGGUUCCCAGGGAUGAGGAGUGGGGUGCUGCCAUGGUCCAAGAUGGAGGCUCGGAUGGGAACCCUGGUCCGUCAGAGUCGGAGCCGACGCCAGCGAGGGACGUGGCAGGGGUUGGGCUUGGUGAUCAGGCCGAUAUCGAGCCCAGACCGACGACUCGUGUGUCCCAAGCUUCCUGCAAGGCUGCGCCGAGUGAUGACAGAGAAGAUACCCGAUGA